AAUUUUCUUUAGGAUGGGAACCCCAUAACCUGACGCUGUCAAGUCAACGAACCGAUGAACUUGGCGGUUUCACUAAUAGUUUAGAUAAAAACCUAAAAAUGCCUCCCAAGAAGCGAGAUAAAGACAAUGAAGCUAGUAAAAACUCCAAAAUUGACCAUUUACAAGCGGACCAUGAGUUGUUUUUGCAAGCAUUCGAAAAGCCUACACAAAUAUACAGAUUCUUACGGACUCGAAACAUGCUAUCGCCCAUAUUUCUAAAUAGAACACUGUCGUACAUGAAGAGACGGAUGUCGAGAAGUAACAAGAGCCGCAUAGGUUUCAAAGUGGACAGUUUGUUAGAAAAAAUAACGUUAAAGAAGAGUACAGAGCUUCAGCCAAAUAGUUUGGGAGGUUACAUGACACUGACCUUCCUAGGGUUUUACGAUAAGAGUUUGGAUGACCCGAGGGACUACCAGGUCAAGGUGGAGACGCUGCUGCUUAAGAUAUGCCAUAAAAAGAGGAAAGAAAGCUCUUCAGCUAUUGUUGAAGUUUCUGUCGGCAGUUGCUCGGUGCCACUCAACCCAUCCACAUCAGAGCCACCAGCUAUGGCUUCAGCAGUUAGCAUCUCCAGUGACACUUUCAGCCCUUCACAAGGUCCCAACGUAAAGUCCUACAUGCUCAUGUUGCGGGUAACUGUGACCCGGGCCUCAGGAUCCAGUACAGCGAAUGGUGCGGCAAGUUCUAGUGAAAUUACGAAUGGUGAUUGUGAUGAACCAGUCACAAAGCGUUUGAAAUCAUCAUCGGAUCUCAAUUCAUCAAGUGAUGGGAAAUGGACAAAGUUUUACGGCAGUGAACUAAUAGUGUAUGACAAACAUAACCGGUGUCUCCUCACCAACGGGGAGUAUGACCUAGUGUUGCAUGACGCCACGCCGGGAGGAAGGAGCGGUACCAUCGCCAGGUCGCCUCACAAAGCUCUCAUGGCACAGUGGGAAACUAUACCUAAUGAAAAUGAUCUCCAAACCGAAGGCAAUCCGUUCGACAUAUUCAAAGUUAGACCGCUGUUGAAAUUGAAGCUGAGUUGGAGCCAAGAGCCCACCAAUGGACUGGUGAACCGACCCAAGCUGUACCAGCAAACCAGCGAGAACGGCAAGAAGGAUCCCAGCAACAAGGACAGACAGAGUACUUCAAAAACUAGUAAUAAUGAUAUUAAAAAUGGAGAUAAAACAAAAUCAGACUCAGCGGAUGGUGAGUCGAAGAGGCAGCAGAUAAUCUACCAGUUCCUGUACAACAACAACUCGAGACAGCAGACGGAGGCCUGCGACGACCUCCACUGUCCGUGGUGCUCCCUCGACUGCGGGACGCUCUACUCACUGCUCAAACAUCUCAAGCUGUGUCACUCUAGGUUCAACUUCACAUACUUCCCGAUUCCGGGCGGCGCUCGCAUCGAUGUGUCAAUCAACGAGUUGUACGACGGGUCGUACACCGGGUCCCCGCACGACCUGAUAGCGGCGCAGGGCCGCUCCGGCGUUUCGGCGGGCCCCGGCGGCGCGGCCGGGCCCCGCGCCGGGCCCACCCGCCGCACCGCGCUCACACACGUCCUCGUCUGGCGCGCCCGGGCCCGCCGCCGCCCCGCUAGGCACAGCCUCGCCGAGUUCCUGGAGCUAGACGAUGCUGACGUAAUCGACGCGCAGAGACCUUACCUCACUGGACAUAACAGAUUAUACCACCACACGAUCACCUGCCUGCCAGUGUACCCCAACGAGCUGGACAUAGACUCGGAGAGCGAGACGGACCCGCUGUGGCUGCAGCAGAAGACGAUGAUGAUGAUCGACGAGUUCACAGACGUCAACGAGGGAGAGAAGGAGCUCAUGAAGAUGUGGAAUCUCCACGUCAUGAAGUACAACUACGUGGGCGACUGCCAGAUUCCCAUCGCGUGCCAAAUGUUCCUGCAGAUGCGCGGCAAGGAGCUGCUGGAGAAGAACCUGUACAGGAACUUCGUGCUGCACAUGUGUUCGCUGCACGACUUCGGACUGCUGAGCCCCGUGGCACUGUACCAGACCGUACAAAUGCUCAACCAAAUGCUGGCGGACAACGCCGAAGCCAAAGAAAAGAUGCGCGAGUCUCUCCGCGCGGCGCGCGAGCACUGGCAGCUGGUGGGCCGCCUGCAGCAGCCCGCGGCCGGCGCGCCGCCCGCGCCCGACCACAAGGCGCCCGCCGCCGGCAACAAGCUGGGCGAGGCGUCGCCCGCCGUGCGCCGCAAGACGUCCAGCCUGCAGGCCGCGCGCCUGGCGUCCGCCGCCGCCAGCCCGGCCGCCGACUCCAAGCGCAAGAUGUCCUCCGGCGCCAUCCACAGCCGCAAGCGCUCCUCCAUCUCCGAGAGAAAGAGCUCCGUAUAGCGAUAGCUCGCCCCCUCCUCUGUAAAGGACUUCUUCGUUCGCUCGAGACUGGCCCCCGGUGACGCGGCGGCCUGUCCGCUAGCUAGGUGUGAAUCGGUAGAACAAAUUUUGGUCUUUCACGUUUUAUGCAUAAUUUUAAUGUUAACGCCAUAUCAAGUGAAAGCCUCCAUUUUAACUAAAUUGUCUCUUGUGAUUAGGUGUUUAGGAUUUCGUUACUGCCCCCGUAUGGUAAUGUUUUAGUUGUAAGUCGAUGUCCAUGAAAUGGAUGACAAUAGUUAAGUUACUAAAUUAUGACGUAUUAUACUUCCCUCUUGUUCUGAUGAAGUUAGAUCUCAUGAGGUCGCCGCCGCAUGCCGCCGACCUGUGACGUAUCACUGACACACACACAUUAGACUGACUGCACGCUAUGAGAACCUUGCCACAGUAUUCUAGUUCAUAUAACAUUAUAAUAAAUAAAUUAUAGUCAAACGCAUUUUGUCGUAGGUUAUUAUGUAAUGCCUCGUACAAUUCGGGAAAACGUUAAAGCUUCAAAUCCCGUGAUUCCUAAUAAAGGCAAACGAAUUGGUAAACCAAAAAUAUAAUCAGGCUAACAUAUUUGAUGUCGAGUUACAGGUUUCCAAGUAAUGUAGGAUAAUGCGCAAUAAUUUGCAGAUUGUAAUUUGGAGAAGUGCCUUCCUCUUCAAAGUAAUAGAGCUUAGGAAUAUACAAGACAUAGACAGCUGUUCUAUACAAACUUGACUGGGCUAUCAAAACCAGACUGAUCGAGAAAUAACAGAUCAAAAUAUAAUUUGUUGAAAGUGACUAGCUUAUAAUUAUUUAAGUAGGACGUAAUGAAAUUGGAAGUUGAAAUAUAAAUAAAUUGGAUGUUACAAUUUCGGAAGAAUUGUGUGAAAUGUUUGUUUUGACAUGUAUUGUUACAAAGACUGCAGGGUUGCAAUGCCUUACUCACGCUCCGCUGACGUGGUUCUCACACAAAUGAUCUUAGGUAAAUCAUCAAAGUGUUCACAACUAUAUUUAAGUGAAAUCAAUUUACAUGUCCAUAUUAUCAGCUCAUGGUGUAAUCAUAUCCCAUGCUAGACUGUUGCGACUUUAUUAUAUAGUUAUAAUAAAAUACGAUAAACACUCAAUAUUUUUACACUUUAGUUAUGUUAACAUAAUUCCAUUUUCCAACGCUGAUUUGAAUGACACUCUAUUUUGUUAUUUUUUAUAUUGUUCCAUUUUAAGUAUAUGUUCAGUAAAUUGUACUUACGAUGAAAUGAAAUAUAACAAUUAUUUUCAAA